UUGCAUAAAAGUUAUUUACGGUUGUAGGGCAAAUAUCCUUGUUAAUAAUUUGUAAGUUCCCUUUCAUCGGUAGGAUACUUUAUUAGCUAAGUUAGUAUAGUAGCACGGUCACCAUGGUUGUGGGAGCCUUCCCGGCCGCCAAGCUUGGCGUGCUGGCAAUGAAGCAGAUCUCAAAACCGAUCGCCAAUCUGCUGAAGGAACGGGCGAAGCACAGUCCUUUCUUCCGAAAGUACGUUUGCAUGCCACCGGCUCAGUUCUACAACUGGAUGGAGGUGAAGACCAAAAUGUGGGCCCUCAAUCUUGGCAAGCCGACGACGGUGCCGGUGCUGAACGAAGCGAUGGCCAUCGAUCUGGGAGCGAACCUUCUCGGAGAGAUAGUUAUCUUUACCAUUGGGGCCGCCUUGCUCCUGCUGGAGUAUCAAAGACAGGUGCGCAAAGAAUCCAACAAAGAAGAGAUGGUCUUGCAGGAGAAACUGGAACUGCAAGCCACCAUCAAUGAACUGAUCUUUCAAGUGCAACGACAGGAUACACAAAUCCGCGAGAUGGCACGAGUGGUGGCAGACCUGGAAUCUAAAUCUUCCUGGAAGCCAAAAAUACUAGAUGAGCUGCCGUUUAGCAAGAAGAGUAAAAGCGAACAACCGCUCUACAUUCCGGCGAUACCGGACAGUACGGGGAAGGGCGCGGCGCCAGCGGAGGCUGCAAGCGGUAAUAGCAGUGUCCUCUCGAAAGCACUAGAGAUUAUCGAUAAUGAAGUUUUUUAUAGCAACAGCACAACAAACGAAUCAGACGAGCCAACGGAACAGCACCCCCGGGCAGGCUUAGUGACGCGUAGCGUAAGCUACGUUCUCGAACUUAAAUCCUUGCCAAACUCGACACCCGGCAGCCGAAGGCUGUGAUAGAUUCCCGGACCUACGGUCCUGUACCUUCAAUGUUCGGUACGCGUUAGGGAGCGUCAUAGUUUGGUUAUCAUCACGGCUGUUUCCGCCUCGGCCUUGCAUCGUAAUCAAGCGGCGGACACUUUGCUCAGGUUUUCGUUAUGUUAUGGUUUUAGUUUUUCUAAAAAGAAAUACGGUCGUAAGCUGUACGCAUUGACGAGUUAGUCGGCACAGCUUACGUGGACACAAUGUUUCAUGUGCGAACCCGUUUCGGUAGGCAUUUAUUUCAACGGGACCGUGGCAGGUAACCGUCCAAAAAGAUCGAGGACUGGACUCCCCUCGGCUGUUGGGAGCUGUUACGAUUUUUGCUAACUACUUUUGGGCACUUCAAUUUGAUUUUAGAAAACAGAAACAGGUUUCCCCGAUUGUUACUGCAGUGCACUGUACAUAAAAUGAUUUCAUUUUGUUUUAGUUGAAUGUGAAAAGAUGAUGAAUAAAUGAGACAU